AUGUUCGCGCAGCACUGUCCCCAUCAGCUUCGCGUGACUUCUUCCUCUUCCGCGACGUGUUCUUCCUCGCAUCGUUCGAAAAAUCAAUCGAAACGAAGAUACGCCGCUUGCGCGUCAUCACCAUCAGAAGGAAAAGAAGGAGAACAAGAUGAUGCGAUUCCGGCGAACUGCACUCGAGUUUCCGUGGAAGUAAAAAAACCCCUAGGAUUAAUCCUCGAAGAAGACGGUUUAGGUGGCAUCGUCGUCGUCGAAGUCGUUUCCGAAGGAAACUCUGCCAAGACGAAAUUGAUUCGGAAAGGAGAUAAAAUCUUGGCCAUAUCGGCGCAAAUCAAAACGCGCACGCAAGAUUACGGCGGCGUUUCCGUGGGGUCUGGCGAAGAAAUGAUUCGUUUGCAAGUUCAAGGGGAAAAGUUUGAUACGAUCAUGGCGGCGAUAUCUUCGUACCCUUCUCAGAAAACGAUGAAGAUUGAUGUGCUUAAAUGCCAGGAGUAA